UCACAAACUACAGAUAUCGCAUCAAAUAAUCACAUGAGCUAAGGGAACAGGUUUGUCGAGCCAAUGAUAUGCCUGAAUCGUGAGUAAUUUCGAUUUUAUUUCACACGUCUGGCAGACAAAGUGGACUAUUUCCCUCUCAAGUGCGUUAUACAGUAGUCUAUUGUUGCAGGAAUACUCCAGCAUGAUGAAGGUGAAAGUUGCCGUAAUUGGAGCUGGCAUAGUUGGGAUGUCUACAGCUGUGUGUAUAGCUGAGGCUUUGCCCUUCUGCACCGUCACUGUUCUGGCUAAGGAAUUCUCUCCAGACACCACCAGUGAUAUAGCUGCUGGGAUCCUUUUGCCCAAGGAGAUACCAGGUAUUCCUCUGGAACGUCAGCUGUGUUGGUUUAAAGGCACGUUUGAUCAUCUGCUGGCAAUUUCUGAAUCAACACAGGCCUCAGAAGCAGGAGUAUUACUGAGCUCAGGAUACCAGCUAUUCAAAGAGGUCCCUAGUAUCACAAAACCAUACUGGGCUGAUAUUGUGUUUGGAUUUCGGACUAUGACAGAUCAUGAGAUGAAGAGAUUCCCUAAUUAUAAACUUGGUCAAGCUGUAAUCACUUUAAAGUGUGAAGGCCUCAGAUAUCUGCCAUGGCUGGAGAAAAGAUUGACGAAAACUGGAGGUCAGAUGAAACGAGAAAAAGUUACUGACCUUCAGAAGCUUGCUGAAAGCUAUGAUGUCAUCGUCAAUUGCUCCGGCCUCGGCUCUCGUUAUUUGGUGGGGGAUGAGCAGGUCCACCCUAUACGUGGUCAGAUCAUCAAGGUUCACGCUCCAUGGGUGAAGAAUUUCAUUCGUGUGUUAGGUGAAAAUACCUACAUCUACCCUGGCAUUGAUUAUGUCACUCUGGGGGGUACGCAGCAGGUAAAUGACUGGCGCUUGGAGGUGGAUAAGGAUAACAGUAAAGACAUCAUGAAAAGCUGCAGUGAGCUUAUACCAUCCCUAAGAACAGCUCAGGUGCUGGGCGAACAGGUGGGGCUGAGGCCUGGCAGGAGAAACCUGCGUCUGGAGAGAGAAUGGCUGCAGGUUCAGGCUCGUCAGGUGCCACUGGUGCACAAUUAUGGCCAUGGCUCCUGGGGCAUCUCACUGAGCUGGGGCACUGCACUGGAGGCACUGGAUUUGGUGAGGAAAAGUCUACAUGAGAAACCCCCUCAUGCCAGACUAUGAAUGCACAGAAGCCAUAUAGUCAUGCUGAUUACAUAAACUCCCCAGAGUUUUUCAAAGUGGGGCAAAUCAGAGUACAUUCAAAUACUUGAGGGCAGGUCACCAAAAUAUUAUUUAAAAACUAUAUAUAUAUAUUACUACAUAUGUAGUGAACCAGAUUUUUGAGGAUUAACUGUAGCAGGAUGCCAAAGAAAGUAAUAUUAAUAAAUUCAUGCUUCUCUUCAGAACAAAUGACACUAACCACUUUAGUUAAGGACUCUUUCAAAAUUUCACAAAAGGUUUUCCAUACUUAAUGGUUGGAAACAUCAACAUGUAUUAGCUCUAGUAAUGUUCUGCACCAUAUUUGCUCUGAUAAAAAUAGUUGCUUCUGCCAGAAUUGCUUCCAGCUGUUUCAGGUUUCUCUGGCUUCUCUUUCACUUAACAUUUUUCAUAGUGUUUUCUUUCAUGAUAUUAAAUUCUUUAAAUACUGCAACAGCCACUUGACACAUAAGGCAUAUUUACUGUGGGUCUAGUGAGUAUUCUUAUUUCCAGCUCUUAUUAAAUUACUCACAUUCACUGUUAAUUUUAAACUUUUUGCCUAUAGUUAUGGCUAAAUAUAAUUCAGUAAAUUCAUGCAGUACUUAGAUGGAUGGAAAUGUUCAUAAAAUUCCUUUGUUACAGUAUAUUCUGAGGAUGCCUUUGUACUUCAUAUCAAAAGAGUACAUGACUAACACACGCUUAUCCUUGAAUAAUAACUGUAAAGCACAUGGGACCAAAUCUGUGUGUGAUGUUUGAUUUGAUUUAACACACACUGGCCUGCAAUUCACUAGAUUUCAAUCCUAUUGAAAACUUUACGGAUUAGUUGGAACAGUAGGUACAGGACACCACUGGGCUCUUUACCUGACAGAUCUGAUGCUGUUGUUAAGGUGACUAGAGGAAAAGGCACCUAAAUGUAAGCGAUUUAAUUGCAAUAAAUAGGAAGCUGGUCGAAGACUGUCAUUGUCUGUCAAUGUCACUGUCAUUAUUAUUAAUUAAUUCUUUGAAUUUUAAAAAUUCUUUGAAAGUUGAAAAACUUGCACUAACAUUCUUUUAUGUCAUGUUUAGAACACAUGAUGACUAACAUGCUGUUCAAGUCUUGUUAAAAUAAUUUUAAUAAACACAGUUUUUGAUCCACAGAA